UCUCCAUAUUUAGCCACCUUAACUCACCGGAAAACAAACACACAACAAUGAUGCACAUGACCUUCUACUGGAGCAACAACCUCACUCUAUUCAUCAACUCAUGGGCCACCAACUCAUGGUUCAGUUACUUCCUCACCUUAACAAUAUUAUUCCUCUUCUCCAUCUUCUCUCAGUUUAUGGAGGAUCACCGUCUCCGGCUUCGCCUCCUCACCUCCUCAACCACUGCGGCUGUGGCCAUCGAAAAAGCACCACUGCUUUACUCCAACUUCUUCUCGGGCGGUGGUAGGGGAGCAAGAUUUGUUGGAUCAGUACUCUUUGGGAUAAACUCUGGGAUCAAUUACUUGUUGAUGCUUGCGGUUAUGUCGUUUAAUGGUGGUGUGUUUGUGGCGAUUGUCGUUGGAUUGGCGGUCGGGUAUUGGUUGUUUAGGUGUUCUGAUGAUGAACAAAUCAUGCUUCUUGAUGAUGGUUGUGCUUGUUGUUGAUCUAUUUUGGUGUUGAUUUAUGUUUUGUAUGAAAACAUAGAAUAUGGGAGAUAUGUGUGGGUAUAGAUGUAAUAUAUGCAUGAAUGUAUGGUUUGAUGUUUUAAUGCUUAAUUAUAUUGGUUGGAUCAUGAUUGUCACA